GUAUAAAGGGACUCUAGGCAGGUAAGAGGCACCUGCCACCUGCACCAUGAAGUGGACCGGAGUUCUCCUGCUGCUCUGGGCUGUCUUGCUCCUGAUCUCAGAAGGAAAUUGUGACGUUUGCCCAAAAUUGAAGGAGACAAUUGCGCUGUUUGUGGCAGGAGAUUAUGAAGACUACAUGGCAAAAGUGAGAGAGAACAACUCCAACCCGUUUAUACAGGACUCUCUUCAAAAACUGAAGAUAUGCAUGGAUAGGACGUUGACUCAGGAGGACAUGCAGAAUGCUCUCAACAUCAUGGUAAAACUAUACUCAAGCCCUGGGUGUUGACGGAGCCACCCUUGCCGGGAACCCCAAGGAAGCCACUUGCCUGAGCACUAAGUAGUCUCAGCAACCUGUUAUGUCAGGGUGUCUGAUUAGAGGAUUCCAGAAAUAAAAGCCUUGCAUUUCA